AUGGUGGCAUUACAUGACAUUGGGUCACUCUGCCUUAUUAUUGUGGCUAUCUGGGCAAUCUUUGAUCCUAAAAGAAUUCUGGAUAUCCAUCCAAACUAUUUCUUAAAAAUAGCAGUUUCUAUUAUCCUACUUAUGGGUCUACUGGUCGCAUGGCUGAGCUAUUUGGGCAUUUAUGCAACUGUUGCUGAAGAUAUACAGUGGUUGAAGACUCUCGUCAUAUUGAUCCUGGUGAUCUCCAUUGUGAAGCUUCUGAUCAUUAUACUCCUUUAUUUCUUUGCAGCAAAGAUCCGUGACAAAUACCUUGUAAAUCAGCUGACCCAGAAGUAUGAGGGAGACGAUGGCACUAAUGUAUACUCUAAAGCUUUAAAUGGCUUCAUGAUCAUGUUUCAGUGUUGUGGAAUUUUAGGAUCUGGAGAUUUUAAAGAUGCUGAACGUUUCAAAGAAAAACAGCCCCAUGACUCCUGGCCACAAGCUUGCUGUACUCGAGCCAAGUCUCCUGAACCUGAGGAAAUUCUGGAUGUGAAGUUAUGUCAGCAAGGAAAAUUUGGAUAUAUCAAUAAUUUAGGCUGCUCCAAAAAAAUGGGAUAUUUCUUUGAAUGGUACACAUGGACUUUAGUGGGCUGUUGUUUAGGAAUGUUAGCUGCUGAGCAACAUGGUCCAGUGAUAGUCAUGUGUCUCUGUGUUAUGUACACUCACCACCUCAAGAUCCUCAUGGAUGUCCAGGUGAAGUUCAAUGGCAGAUUAGAUAUCUCGGAAGAAGUGAAGAUAGAGCUAAAAGUAGUGAAUGAAAGCCAGUAA